AUGAUAAAUAUAAAUAAACAAAUUGACAAAGAAUAUUUUACAUACCUCAAGAUUGUAAAGGAGACAUUGACAUUUAUUCUUCCAAGUUCUGCAUAAUAUGAGGAAUACUUCCAAUAGUCAAAGGUGAUAAUUGGAGAUAUACAUAUUGUGAUUUUAUAAUUGACCAAUUGGUUGAUCUUCUAUUACUCGGAUGCAAAGGGAGAACCAAAUUAAUUUAGUUUAAAUAUUAGCAAUACAUUAAAACCUUAAAUACAAAAUUACUUCAUUCGUAAGAGUAAUUUGUAAGGGAUGUAGAUUUAUUAUAAGGAAAAGUAAUUAAAUAAACUAGAGAAUUUAAUCAGAAACAGGAUAUUUUAGCAGUAGAAAGGAAAUGUUUUAAUUAAAUUAGUGGAGAAUAGAGAUGUUUCGAUUUUGAUAUAUAGUUAUUUGAAACGAAGAGAUAUGAUGAAUUUGGAAUUGAGUUGUUUCAAUGUUAGAGAAUUGUUUGUUGAGAAUAGUUAUUGGUAUUAGUUGUAUGAGUGGAAAUAUGGUUAAACUGGAUUCAAAUUGGAUGCUUUUAGUUGGAAGAAUAAAUUUAUUUUGCUAAUGAAAUGUUGA